AUGCUGACCGCCAAGCCCUUUGUCUCGCCGGAAUUCUCUCCCGUCUCUACAGAUUACAAGCAGCACAGAGAACGAUGCGCUGCCCUACUGGUAUCAUGGCACCGUUUUGCAGGCACUCAGACCCCUGCCAAGCGACUGCUAACGAGUUACUUUUCCAUCAUCUCAUCAUCUCACGAUAGUAGAGCCAAUCAUAACGGCCGCGUCGUCCAAUUCCAUGGCUAUCCAUUGGUUGCUUCACCCUCCGUCCACUCCCAGUCCAGACUCGACCACACCGGUUCUUGCUUGUUCGCCAACGCACCAGUCGUUCCAUGUCAUAGCGCUCAGACAGUAGGGCGGCUCCGAGUGGCUAUCAAGCCCGUGGGCAUCGUUUCAUUCCGUUGCUGCACAUGCCCGGCCGAAUGGGACAUGGUGCUUUAA